AUGAGUCAUGCAGUGCUCGGCGGAAGUCCUGAGCAGUAUUGGCCCGGGGCUGGACGUAGCCAGCCGGACGGUGUGGAUACAUCUGGCGCGUGCUCCGUAGCUAGCCCGCUGCGGGAUACGGCAUCGGAAGCCACGGUGUGCACCGAGGCGAGGCUGGCAGAUGGGGCGACCGUCGCACGUCCGCCCCUGGCCGGCACUGCGGUGGGCGGCGGCGCCGGCGCCGGGGCGGCUUCCGAAGGGAAGCGCCAGGUCGGUCAGUUCAAUUACGGGCGCGGCCAAUUAGCAGUCCCUGCUGCCAGGGUCAGGGGCGGGGGCGGCGGGGGUGGCGGGGGCGGCCGCGGCGAGUCAGGGCCAGCUGCAGUGAUCUACUUUAUGCAGGACCGCAGCACUAAGCGAAAAAUAAGACCACCUAUUAGUCAGCUGAAACUGACUCCCACUCCCCCUCCUGCCCCCCACCACCACCCCCCGCCGCCACCAGCACAGACCCUCUUUGAUAUAGUUAAAGAGGGGAGUACUGAACGUUAG